AAUUUGUUACUUAUUGAUUGUGGUCCUGGAAGGUGAAAUAAGUUAGUCUUUAUUAAUGUUGAACGUUGUCCAUUUAUAUAUUUUGCUGAUAAUCCCAAAAUAAGGCACUUAGCAGACAAGAUAGUGUGAUGGGAGGCGAGCAGAGCCGUGAUGUGGGUGGUGUUGGGAAUGGGCGUGUGGAUGCGGUGGACCGCAGGGGGUCAGACUCCAACCGCCCUACCUCCACUUCCCCGAGACCCUCCAUCUGUUCAGACGCGGACCUUCCUUACAUCUCCUACACUGUUAACAGACCCAUAGGUGACUCGCCGAAGCACACGGCACGGGGGAUGCGUGGACUACGAGGUGGUGGGUCCCCUAGGAGGAACUCUCGUCGCCUGCAGCAGCAGAGACCUCAGGAGGUGGUAGUCGUCCGUGAAGCUACCACCAACACCACUGGCAUCGACCCACAGCUUGCAAGACUCCAGUCUAUCCCAACGUUCCUGCCCAUCAUGCGAGGGGCGCUGACGGCACCUUCAGCACGGGACCCUGAGGUACUGGAGAGGCUCCAUUCUGGCGCCAUGGUGGAGUUGUGUCGACGCUACCAGAUCCACCUCUAUGCUGCUGCCUCCGCUACCAGCCAACACCAGGACAACCUGUCAACUAAGAUCAGGGAGAUCGAGGCGAGCGUGAGCGGGCUGGUAUCGCAGAUGACGGAGCGACAGAAGAACUUCGCUCGGUACGCUGAGAAGCUGAGCCAAGUGACGGAGGUAAGCCACGCCCUGGCCCGCUGCCACGCCUCCCUCAACCUCAUCCUGGAGAGUCUUGAGACUCUCAACGACUCACUUCCCAUCCAGGAGAGACUCGAACCUUUCGUCUGGACGACCGGCUGAGCUGCCACCGGGAAGUGACAAGGAUGGAGUAGAGAGCAGAGGGGAAAAUAUAUACAGGACGAUGAUUUUAGUAUGACCUACAAUAUAUCUCAGCGAUUUGAUCGUUCGCCUUACAAUUGAAAGAACCUGGGAUUGAUUCUCGGGCUAAGCGAGACUUAUGGGAAAUUCCUCUUGCACCUGCUUCUCUCGCUUCCCUAACAGUAAAUUGGUAUCUUGAGUGUCAAUAGACUGUUGUGGGUUCUAUCAUGGGGGUGUUAGUAUACCUAUGAUUGGGCUGGGCUUUGAAAUGAGCUGAGGUACCAUAACAGUUCUUAGCCUGUAGAUUCAAUGUGCGUAAACAAUGCAUCUAGUUGAGGAAGAAAAGAAAGUAGGCAAAAAGAAAGAAUUGCCGAAGAAUGGUUCAGUAGACAGGGAAGAGGGCGGAUUAGAAAUAAAGAGGAAGAACGAAACAAUGUCUGGUGAAGACAAAUAAAGGAAGGCAGGGCACAAGAACGAGAGACAGUGAGACGGUAGUAUUGAGUAAGGAAGCUGAAUGAGGGGGCAAGAUAUUCAGAAUUAGUUGCAUAAGAAGGAAUGGAAGGAAAGUUGUGAAAAGAAAUAUAAACAGGAAGAAAUAGGUGAAAGUUUACACCUUUAAAAGAGCGAAGGUUGGAGAAGUAAACGGGAAGAAUAUAAAGAAAACAAAGAGAUAGAACAAACGCACAAGUGAAGGAAAAAGUCAAGAGGAAGGCAGGAGGGUGAGCGCAUAAGACAAUAGAGAGUUGGCAAGACAAAGCAGGUGUAGACAAGCCACGCCAGACAUUGUUAGAUGUUGAUUUGUAACGUGAAGGACGAUAGUAAAUUAAAUAUAUAUGAAACAAGAAUAUCCACUGUCACCCUCUAGUGACAUGGUGACUGUGACCCGAGGGACUGUGAUACAAUAAUGUAUUUUAGAGUCUGGACCCAGACUCUAGAAUACAUUAUUGAAGCGAUAUAUUAACAGUAACUACGUGAGUAGUAGCUACAUGACCCUGUCGUAAUAUAACUCGCGUGACUUGUUUGGUGUAGGAACUGGGUCCUCGUCGGAAUAUAGCUACUGCGAACACUUCUUGUUACAGUAAUUGUGGCACGCUUGUGAUGUGGCUGUGAUCCCUCUCGUGGUAUAACUGACUCUCCUGGUAUGCUGGUCACCCUAUCGUGGUAUAACUGACUCUCUCUUGGUAUAUUGGUCACCCUCUAGUGGUAUAACUCUUCUGGUAUACUGGUCACCCUUUCGUAGCAUAAUUGACUCUCUCCUGGUAUGCUGGUAACGCUUUCAUGGUAUAGAAACUAAUCUGGGGGGAAGGGGGGGGGAAUCAUCAUUGACAAAAUAAAUACAUAUAUAGGGAACAGGAUUUUGAUUAUACACUGUAAGAAUAACACCUGCAGAAUUCGCUGUAUCCUGCAGAAUCUGAAACCUAAAAAGUCUCGGCUUCAGUAUACUAAUAUAUUGUGUCGAAACAGUUAAACCCCAGGUUGUGCCAUAAUGGAUGUGUUUAUUAUAUAAAGUAGUCUUUAGUAUUUAUAUAUAGUUUACACACGAAUGUUCGCAUUGCAGCAGUCACAUGACAUAGACCUUUUAGAACCCAACCUCAAACUGAUAAUAAGAAUGAAAGUUUAUUUUUCAAUAUUUAGACAGUUGCUUUUUGUCGAUGACACUGUGCUUUUGGAAGAUUCUGAAGAGAAGUUGCAAAGAAUGUUGGUCGAAUUUGAGAGGGUAUCUAUAUGGAAAUUAAAAGUGAACAUAAGAAAGAGCAAGGUGAUGAGGGUAACAAACAUAAGAACAUAAGAACGAAGGAACACUGCAGAAGGCCUACUGGCCCAUGCGAGGCAGGUCCAAGUCUCCUACCGGCUUAAGCCAAUGCACCCAACCUAGUCAGGUCAGGUCACAUUGACUUAAGGGAGGAACACGGCAACCGACCUGGUAGCACAAGCUAUCAGGUCUAACUCACACCCACCCACAUCUACUCAUGUAUUUAUCC